AUGGCCUCCUUUCCCCCAGACGACGAGUUUCCUCCGGUUCCCAAUACUUGCCAUGGAGAAACCAUAUCAACACCUUUGCUUUUCAACCUCACAGGAAAGACAGCCCUUAUUACGGGCGGUAAUGGCGGGAUUGGGAGUGGAAUGGCCCGAGGUCUGGCCGAAGCUGGAGCCGACAUAAUUAUAAUCCAAAUCCCGAGUGAGAUCUCGUCAGUUGCCAAACAGCUCAGCGCAGACACAGGGCGACGGGUGGAUGUGUAUGAAUGCGAUCUAGCCAAGUCGGAUGCGAUCCGCAAGACACUUGACGACAUUUUGAACCGCGACCAGCGCUCGGUUGACAUUCUAUGCAAUGUUGCAGGGAUCAGUGGUGGCUUCGUACCAGUGCUCACAGAGACUGACGCUCAUCGCGAAUUGGUUUUUCAAAUUCAUUAUCACGCUGCAUACGUACUGUCACAGCUGGUUGGACGACACAUGGCGGAACGUGGGCAAGGGGGCAAGAUCAUCAACGUUUCUUCGAUUGCAGCCGAGAGGGCCAUGACGAGAUUCUCAGUAUAUGGCCCUGUCAAGGCGGCAGUAGGACAACUAACGAACUCGCUAGCAAAUGAGCUAGCAAUCUACAACAUCCAAGUCAAUGUGCUCUGUCCUGGUUGGAUACACACUCCCAUGUCUGACCGCAGCUUUGGAGACGAGGAAGCAAGCACUAGGAUACUCAAGACAAUACCUGCCGGAAGAUGGGGAAAGCCCAGCGAUUUCAAGGGGGUUACAGUGUUUCUAGCCAGUGCUGCGAGCGACUACGUGACGGGUGCUAGAAUCCACGUGAGUGGUGGGACUCAUGGAAUGUAA